AUGGGUGAAACACAUUCUGGAUUCACUCCAGGCGAGAUCGACGGCCACGAACUCGAAGUGCUAGGCGACAAAACUGGAGAUACGCAAGUACGUAUCGCAGACGAAGAUGUGGCAAAGUCCAGCAAAGAUACGAAGAAGGAGGAUCCCCAAGGUGGCAUGAGAUACUACUGGCGAGUAUUCGGAUAUGCCACAGCCUGGGAUACCAUCUUCUAUACCAUUGCAAUCCUCGCAUCCAUCGCCCUGGGAGCCAUCGGCCCACUCAUGACAAUAGUCUUCGGCCGCUUCAUCACGAAAUUCAACGACUUCGUUUCCGCGCAAAAUUCCGCAAACCAAUUCCUCCAAGAUGUCGACCAAGCGACCGCCAUGCUCGCCGGCCUUUUUGCUGCAAAAUUCGCACUGGCAUAUCUCGCAAACUUACUUAUCAGCAUCGCCGCAACACAUGUGACCUGUGCUCUCCGGGCAGACUACCUCCGCAAAACUCUCAGCCAAGAGAUCGCGCUUUUCGAUAGAGAACAGCAGUCCGUGGCAACGCAUUUGACGAGCAGCGGCGAUACGAUCAAUCUUGGAAUCGGAGAGAAGUUAUCGUCGUUAAUUCAAGGUCUGGCAGUGUUCUUCGCCGCCAUCGUAGUGGCUCUCACUGUGAGUUGGAAACUCGCACUCAUCACGCUAAGUUUAAUCCCAGCAUGGUUCAUCAUCGUCGGCUUCGCCAUCUCCAAGGAUACUAAAAUCGAAGCUGCGAGUCAGCAAGCACUUUCCCAAGCGACGAACGUUGCGCAGGACGCGUUUGGACUUAUCAAGACUGUGCGGGCUUUUGGUGCUGAGCAGAAAUUACUGGCCAAGCAUAAUGAUCUUCUGGAUGCUGCGAAUGAAGCCGGACGCAGGAAACCACUGAUUUAUGGGAUUCUCUAUUCUUCUCAGGCUUUUAUCGUGUCUUGCAUAUUCGUGUUGGCUUUCUGGCAAGGCUAUGAAUUGUACGAAAGCGGCGAUAUUGGAUCCAGCGGACCGGUGUUUACUGUUCUGCUUUCAGUCUGCAUGGCAAACGGUGCCAUUCAACAAAUCGGACCUCAACAGCAAGCUGUCGCGAAUGCUAGUACAGCAGCAAAAGCCCUCUUUCAGACAAUCGACAGACCUUCACUUCUGGAUCCAUUAUCAGAAUCCGGCCAAAGAUGUAUGCAACAAGGUCAAAUCGAAAUCAAAAAUCUUACAUUCGCGUAUCCUCAACGACCAGAGAUCAAAGUACUAAAGGAUCUCAACCUCUUCAUCCCAGCUCGUAAAACCACAGCCCUGGUCGGCCCAAGCGGCUGCGGAAAAUCCACCCUCAUCGCCCUCCUCGAACGCUUCUACGAAAUCCCGUCAUCCUCCUCACCAGACCAAGCAGGCUCAAUAACCCUCGACGGAAUCCCCCUCUCUCAAUACAACACCCGCUACCUCCGCAGCAACAUCGGUCUCGUCCAACAAGAACCUACUCUCUUCUCCGGAACUGUAUUUGAAAACGUCGCAAUGGGUUUCACAAAUAAACAACAAAACCUUCCAUUUCAGACUCAGAGGGAAAUAGUACAAGAUGCCUGUCGACAAUCUAACGCGCACGGUUUCAUCAUGGAUUUACCAAGAGGGUAUGCUACGAAUAUUGGGGAGAAGGGUGCGAUGUUAAGUGGUGGACAGAGGCAAAGGAUUGCGAUCGCGAGAGCGGUUGUGUCGAAUCCGAGGAUCUUGUUGUUGGAUGAGGCGACGAGUGCGUUGGAUCCGGGGACGGAAAAAGUAGUGCAAGCUGCGUUGGAGAGCGUGAUGAAGGGGAGGACGACGGUUGUUAUCGCGCAUAGGUUGGCGACGGUGAGGAAUGCGGAUAAGAUUGUGGUGUUUGGGGAGGGGAAGGUGCUAGAGGAGGGGAGUCAUGGGGAGUUGAUGAGGAGGGAGAAUGGGAAGUAUGCGGGGAUGGUUAGGGCGCAGGAUUUGGGUGGUUCGGUUUCGGUUGGAGGACUGAAGGAGGAGGAGGAUGAGAGGAAACGGCGGCUGAGCAAUGAGAUGUUUUCGUUGCAAGAUUUGUUGGAUUAUCAUCAGACUGGAUCGAGGAUGAGCUUCGACAGCGAUAGCAAGGGGAGCUACGAGAGUGAUGAAAAAGAUGAUGAUGUCGAGGAAAAAGAAGAUGUCGACGACAUGGAACUGGAACGGCAAGACAUCCAUUCAUAUGCCACCUGCAACCGGACCUCAAGAGACUUUACACGCGCCCGACCCGAACUCUCAACUCCCCGCGUCACAUCCGAAGGCCUCAAACACUCCCUCCUCAAAUGUUUCUUCCUCAUGCUCAAAGAAAACCGCCCUUCCCACUGGCACCACUACCUCAUCCUCUCCUUCGGCGCAGCAAUCGGCGGAGCCGUAAACCCAAUCCAAGCGAUCCUCUUCUCCAAACUCAACGAUGCCUUUGUCUUGCCAGAAAAGGAAGGUCAACGACAAGCGACUUUCUCCGCACUCGUUUUUCUCGCCAUGGCGUUCGCCACAGCCAUAAGCUAUUUCUGCGUAGGCUACACCUGCCAUAUCAUCGGUCAACGACUCGCGACAAAGUAUCGUCGGGAACUACUGGAUCGGUAUUUACGCAUGGAUCAAGAAUUCUUCGAUCUACAUCAUGUUGCGAAUUUGACGACGAAAUUGAAUGAUGUUCCGGCUGCGAUUCGAGAGCUCUUGUCGUCGAGUAUGGUUGUGAUUUCCAUCGUCCUGGUGAGCUUGGUCGCUUCUAGUAUUCUAGGUAUAGUCUGGGGCUGGAAACUCGGACUUGUUCUGGUCUUUGGCGGUCUCCCAAUUUUGAUUGGCGCUGGCUAUGUGAAGAUCCGGUGCGAGAAUCAAUACGAGGAACAGAAUGCGAAGCAUUUUGCGAAUAGUGCUGCGUUGGCGAUUGAAUCUACUGCGGCUAUCCGGACGAUUGCGUCGUUGACGAUGGAGCCACAGGUGAUGGAUCAAUACAACGCGGCUGUGCGGAAGGAUGCGAUGAAGUCGAUUCGGUACUUCGUCUUUGCUACGGCACCGUAUGCUUUGUCGCAGUCGUUGGAGUAUUUGAUCAUCGCUCUCGGAUUCUGGUAUGGGUCUCGUCUUGUGGCCAGACGCGAGUACACGACACAGCAGUUCAUGGUCGUCUUCACAGCGAUCAUCUUUGCCGGACAAGCUGCCGCGGCGUUCUUCUCGUUCAGUAGCUCGCUGGCCAAAGCUCGAUCUGCGGUCAAUUACAUCCUUUGGCUACGCACGGUUGAGAGCCAGAUUCGGGAGACUUCGAUCAACAUGGGUAAAGGAUCCUCUGGAAGCCAAGCAGAAGUGAAGUUCGAUGGCGUGGAAUUUCGAUAUCGAAAACGGCCGACUGUGUCUGUUCUCAAGGGGAUGAACUUCAGGAUAGAGUCUGGUCAGUACGCGGCAUUCGUGGGACCUUCGGGCUGCGGCAAGAGCACAGUCAUCAGCCUCAUCCAAAGAUUCUACGAUCCGUUAUCAGGCCAGAUAAUGCUGAAUGGGCAGGGAGUAUCAGCCAUGUCGCCUCACCUGUACCGCAAGCAUAUAUCGCUCGUGCAGCAGGAGCCGGGAUUGUUUCAAGGGUCCAUUCGGGAUAACGUCACGAUUGGCCUCGACGAAGAGGUAUCCGACGAUCGUGUGCGAGAAGCACUUCGCAUGGCAAAUUGUCUUGACUUUGUCAGCUCAUUGCCCGAAGGGCUGGAGACUGCAUGCGGCGGAGGUGGAAGUCAGAUGUCUGGUGGACAGAGACAGCGAAUAUCGAUAGCGCGAGCGCUGAUCCGGAGACCGCAAUUGCUUCUUCUUGACGAGGCUACAUCUGCACUGGACACGCAGAGCGAAAGAAUUGUCCAGGAGUCUCUGGAGAGUGCCAGAUUAGGGCGAACGGUCGUGGCUGUUGCUCACCGGCUGAGUACAGUUCGCAAUGCGAAUGUGAUUUUCGUGGUCGGUGAGGGGAAGAUUGUCGAGUGUGGUUCUCAUGAGGAACUUCUUCGAGCCAAAGGGUUGUAUUAUGCCAUGUGCCAGGCCCAGUCCAUCGGCUUAGAAUAGAGAAACCAGUUCCUUUCGUAACAGAGGAAUACACUUCGUGGCUGUUCCAUUUCAACUCCUUUUCAAGAGCCUGCUUUGGCAGUUACUGGAAAUGGUCGCCUGCUGAGUGUGGUGAUCUUCCUGUUGCUGCAUGGGCCCACCUCACUGUUGAUCACAAAGGCUGAACGAGAGCGGCAGAAAGAAGGACACGUCUGAGAAUGUGAAAUGACCCACGUAGACUCGUACCGCUAUGGUUUGUGCAGGUUCGCGGGUCGCCAUAUACUCACUGGUGUUACUGAGACAGAUCAACGGGUGUGAAGAGACGAUGAAGCCGCUCAGAAUCCCGGUCUGGCGACGAUGGGAGGGAGGGCUUCUCGAUCGCUUCGACGCACGAUCACUUGCAUCAGAGAUCUCAUGCUGUUGUUGACUUCGGCGGAUGCCGUUCGAAACGUCCUCGGUGCUCCGCACGCCUUCGAAUCUCGUUCUGUGGCCCAGUACAAUGGGGCGCCGCGUCAGAAUAACGGCUUCUUCACACUCGAAUCUCGGCUGCCAAAAGACUGCACGUCACGAAGGCUGCUGUCAGCCUGUCAGCGAUGUUUGCCCGACGCCUCGUC